UUUAGGAGGCAGAAGGACUUCAGCUCUGUUAUCAGCGUGUACUAUGGCCUGGUAAAGUUCUAUGAGUUAAAUAGGGUAAAGUGAAAAUAUCUGAUGAUCUGAUGUAGUGCCUGGUAGAUUCUGAAACUUGUUCCUUGCUCAUUUUGACGUCACGCUUCGGAGGAUCUGUUUUAGGAAGUGUGGCCGCGUGUACUGUUUAUGCCAAGGGUUUCAGAGUGUUCAUUGGACUGUAACCCGUUCGUGAACCAUGCUCCCCUUCUUCACCCACUUCAGAGGCUUGGCUCUAAACAUUUAGAAACAUGUGAAAGGUUCAUGUGUGUGUGUGUGUGUGUGUUUUAAAGUGCUAUCCCAUUACCCAACUUGUCAAUUUUUGAAAAUAGUAUUUUAGUUGGAGAAGUCCUGAGCAGGGACAGAAGGAAAUGGGAGAGAGGUGGGAGGUGAAGGAAUGGCAGAGGCAGAAAAAGAAAGGAGGGAAACCUGGGAGGUGCCUGUGACAGGGUGUGGUGUCUGUCCUCCACCUGGCUCUUCCCAUGCUGGGGCGCUCAGAUAAGAAGGCUGGGCGCAUGACCAUGCCCGGCCGCCCCAGCAGAUGAGGGCUGGCCCUCCAUCGGGGUGUGUUUGACAUGCGUGACGGUGAAGGGUCCUGAGUGCAUCCUUGGUCUCUUCCCUGUAGAUGGCCGAAUUUGCGCAGUCUGACUAGCAUGAGUCCCACACCUCUGCCUCUCAGCCAGCCUCAGCCUUCUCAGCUCCACCGGCUGCAGGAUAAAUGGGAUUAAUACGACUUGCAAGCUGAACUAAAAUCCAGACUGCGGUGCUACUAUCCUUCUGGUGGUGUGAACAGUGGGAGGAGCCCUUCUUUGAAGUGCUUCUGAGCUUCUCACAGCUCCUGUGCAUCUGAAGUGACCGGUGUGAGCGCCUUCGCAUCCCAGACCACUAGAUGUCGUCAGAAGACCGAGAGGCGCAGGAGGAUGAACUGCUGGCCCUGGCGAGCAUUUAUGAUGGCGAUGAAUUUAGAAAAGCCGAGUCCGUCCAAGGCGGAGAAACCAGGAUCUAUUUGGAUUUGCCACAGAAUUUCAAGAUAUUUGUGAGCGGCAAUUCAAAUGAGUGUCUCCAGAAUAGUGGCUUUGAAUACACCAUUUGCUUUCUGCCUCCACUUGUGCUGAACUUUGAGCUGCCACCAGAUUAUCCAUCCUCCUCCCCACCUUCAUUCACACUUAGUGGCAAAUGGCUGUCACCAACUCAGCUGUCUGCUCUGUGCAAGCACUUGGACAACCUGUGGGAAGAGCACCGAGGCAGUGUGGUCCUGUUUGCCUGGAUGCAGUUUCUUAAGGAAGAGACCCUCGCCUACCUGAAUAUUGUCUCUCCUUUUGAGCUCAAGAUGGGAUCCCACAAGCAGGUGCAGAGAAGAGCAGCGCCAGCCUGUCCCAACAAAGAGCUGGAGUCCGGAGGAGCCGCUGGGUGCACCGUAGAUCAAGAGGAAGCCGUGGAUGAGCGAGCUGUGCAGGACGUGGAAUCAUUGUCAAGUCUGAUCCAGGAAAUCUUGGACUUCGAUCAAGCUCAGCAGAUAAAAUGCUUCAAUAGUAAAUUGUUCCUGUGCAAUAUCUGUUUCUGUGAGAAACUGGGAAGUGAGUGCAUGUACUUCUUGGAGUGCAGGCAUGUGUACUGCAAAGCUUGUCUGAAGGACUACUUUGAAAUCCAGAUCAAAGAUGGCCAAGUUCAGUGUCUCAACUGCCCAGAACCAAAGUGCUCUUCCGUGGCCACUCCUGGUCAGGUUAAAGAGCUUGUCGAGGCAGAAUUGUUUGCUCGCUACGACCGCCUUCUUCUCCAGUCCACCUUGGACCGGAUGGCAGAUGUGGUGUACUGCCCCCGCCCGUCCUGCCAGCUGCCAGUGAUGCAGGAGCCGAGCUGCACCAUGGGCAUCUGCUCCAGCUGCAACUUUGCCUUCUGUACCUUGUGCAGAUUGACCUACCAUGGGGUCUCGCCAUGUAAAGUGACUGCAGAGAAAUUGGUAGACUUACGGGAUGAGUACCUGCAAGCAGAUGAGGCCACGAAGAGAUUCUUGGAACAGAGGUAUGGUAAGAGGGUGAUUCAGAAGGCACUGGAAGAGAUGGAAAGUAAGGAGUGGCUGGAAAAGAACUCCAAGAACUGCCCCUGCUGCGGGACCCCCAUACAGAAAUUAGACGGAUGUAACAAGAUGACGUGCACGGGCUGCAUGCAGUACUUCUGCUGGAUCUGCAUGGGCUUUCUCUCUCGAGCAAACCCGUACAAACACUUCACUGAUCCUGAGUCCCUGUGUUUCAACCGGUUGUUCCAUGCCGUGGAUGUUAAUGGAGAUGUUUGGGAAGAUGUGAUUGAAGACUAGUUAACUACUUCCUCUUGAGAUACGGAAAUGGAAUGAUUUGCUGUGAUCUUUUGUUGAGUAUGCAAAAUAACCUUGCAGGAUAUUUAUGCUUCCUGUGUAGAAGAUAAGGAAGGAAGAAUGAGGUUUAUAUUUUCACGUGGUACUACUGAUUCAGGCACAUCCAUACAUUUUUCAUCAUAACACAAAUGGACACAAUUGUAAGCCAAAGGUUCAGAAAAUGGAAACUAAAGAACAUUACAUAUUAUAAUGUGCCCAAAACUCUAAAUAAAUAGUCAUAAAACAUAUUUAGUUUAUUCUCCAAGCAUGAGGUGAGGAGAACGAUCCAGAGUUAAAUCUGCAGGUGCUUCGCCUCUGAGGAGUAUCCCUGUUUCAUUUGGCGCCUCUGCAGCCGCACUCCGCAUGGUGGGGCUGGGAAGGAGCCUCGGGAGAAUGGUCCCGAGAGCCCGUGUCAUCACCUCCAGCCUCAGCCCCUGCAGAGUUAGCCUCUUGGGAAGGAGCCGUUUACUCAACAACUGAUUGCGCGGCUGCCCAGUGUCAUUUUGCCUUCCAAAACAAGUUUAUAAUUAAGAAAUAUUUUCUUAAGUUAUUGAAGAAUAAUAAGAAAAAUAAUUUAAGAAAACAUUUUCAAUACCACAGGCGCUGUAAGUCACUUGAUAUUUAUUAUGAGUAAUAUAUAUACAGAUAAAUAGAUAAAUAUAUAGUCUAGGGGUUUGAAGCCAAGUUGAAAAUUUAAUGACACAGGCUCAGGAAAACCUGAGCCCUCUUCCACUUUCCUGAGCAGUUGAGCCUGAGUUCAAAACUUACCCUUGCUACCCUUCUGCUCCACAUUUUCUGCUUGUACCUUAAGACAGUUGCAAUACUAAUUCCAGCAGCACGUGUUUUUAUUUCCUCUGGGGGAGGGAGAAGGCCUAAAAUAUUCCCAAAUGGAACAAGCUGGAUGUUCCUUUAUUCUCUGGUUCUUGAGCUUGUCCACAGCAUGUAGUUUGAUGCUAAGGUCCUGAGUUCUUAAAUUCUCUCAUGAGCUGCAGGAAGUGGUCUCCCUGCCCUGUCUGCAGCAGCAGUGUGUUGGGUGGUAAUUUUUGCUUGAUAUGUAGAUUGCACUUUCACAAGUUUGGCUGGCUCUUUGAAAAACUGUCUUAGGGUCAGGGGAGUGGCGUGAAAGCAAAACCAGAUUUUUAUAGAAAGUACAGAAGAAUUCAGCUAGAGCCUUUGUUUUUCCCUGCCUUGUCAUUGAAAACUGAAGAAUCACUUUUAACUGUUCUAGAUGUGUGUGUGUGUGUGUGUGUGUGUGUCCCCAAAAAGUCAGCAAGGACUGUAUUUCUGGAUUGUCCACAAUGAGGAUGCUUCAUCUUGAAAAUAAAAAAUAAUUUAAAAAAUUG